AUGCUGUAGAUUUUGUUUCAUCUAGGCCUUUAAAAAGCUCCCUUUCUCCAUUCAAAGAUGACCCAAAAGGCAAAGUGGUCUUAAAUUCAUUUUUUUUGGGGGGGGCCUCCAUAUUCUAGUACUCCUCCAUUUGUGUUUCCUUUAGAAAACCCAAAGUCCCUAAGCUUAUAGGCCUUGAAAUAGAGAGAGAGAGAGAAAAAAAAAGAAAAAAAAAAAGAAAAAAAGAAAGAGAAUGGCACUAGAAGCUGUUGUUUUUCCACAAGACCCGUUUGGCUAUGGUGGCAAAGAUCUCUACAACUUAUUAGGAGGAGGAGGGAGUUGGAGCUAUGACUUUGGCCUAGCAAAAGAAGAUGAACAAACAGGCUCUUUUGAUUUUCUAGAAAGCCAAACAGAAAGCUGUCUCUAUGGAGAUUACAAUUCCUCACCUCCUGAUUCAAUGGUACCUAACCUACACCAUGAAGUUUUGCAGCACUCCAAUCCAUCCUUAAGCUCCACCGAUGCUACUAUGCUAACUCCUUAUGAAUCACAACAAGGUGAUAAUUCAACAGCCAUGUCUACUCGCCCCAAGAGACGCCGAGCUAAGAGCAGAAAAAACAAAGAAGAGAUUGAGAACCAAAGAAUGACUCACAUUGCAGUUGAGAGAAACCGAAGAAAGCAAAUGAAUGAGUAUCUCUCAGUGCUUCGUUCUUUAAUGCCAGACUCCUACGUCCAAAGGGGUGACCAAGCAAGUAUUAUAGGGGGUGCUAUUAAUUUUGUUAAGGAGCUUGAGCAACGCUUACAAUUUCUUGGUGCUAGUAAAGAAAUGGAGUCAAAAUCCGAGGCUGAUACUUCUUUACCUUUCUCUGAGUUCUUCACCUUUCCGCAAUACUCAACAAGUUCGAGUCACUGUGAUAACUCUAUGGCCAUGAGUGAGACUGAUACUCAUCAAGUAGGUGUGGCUCAGUUGGCCAUUGCUGACAUAGAAGUAACCAUGGUGGAGAGCCAUGCAAACCUCAAAAUAAGAUCGAAAAGGCGGCCAAAGCUACUCUUGAAGGUUGUCUCUGGGUUACAUGGUAUGCGCCUCACAGUGCUUCACCUCAAUGUCACAACCUUCGAUGAAGUUGUGCUCUAUUCUCUCAGUGUCAAGGUAGAGGAUGAAUGUAAGCUGAGUUCAGUGGAUGAGAUUGCCACAGCUGUCCAUCAGAUGCUAGGUAGGAUUCAAGAAGAGCCAAUGUUGAAUUGAAAACUUGCUCUAUAAUUGGCUCUAUUUAAUUUACCUUGAUAGAGCAAAUGUGGGAAUUUUCUCUGCUUUUAGGUUGUAUCAAAUUUAUUUUCUUCUACUUCUUAUUUCUUUCAUCUUUCCCUUCUCUUCAAA